CAACAAUGGAAGAAGAGUCAGAGGGGACAAGAGGGCAAUUAGAAGCAGAGGAGGUGAUGAGUGAAGUACACUUGGGUUGCCCACCUGGUUUCUCUGGCCCCCAUCUUUCCUACUUCACCAUCUCCAUCCCACCUGGUACCCCAUACGCUCCAAUGACGUUUCCCAAUUUGAAGAAGCAGCUACUUCAAACCGUCUGUUUUGACGAGGAUGGUUAUCUCAUUCUUCCUAGCCGCAAAACCAAAUUUUCUAAUCACAGCUAUAGUGUAACCGUCCAGCAUAGUAUCACAUCAACACUACCAAGUGUCGGUUUGCAGGUGUGGAGAGCAGAACUUGUCUUAUCUGAUUUUUUAUUGCAUAAGAUGUUUACAUCAUCCGAGCUUCAUGGAGUUGUGUCACUAGAACUCGGUGCUGGUACAGGGUUGGUGGGUAUACUGCUAGCACGUGUUGCUAAAACAGUGUUUAUAACAGACCGUGGGAAUGAGAUCCUUGACAACUAUGUUCAAAAUGUUGAGCUCAAUUCUGAACUCAUCAAUCAUGGAACUACAGUCUAUGUACGUGAACUCGAUUGGAUGAACCCAUGGCCAACAAGAUAUACCAUAGAAGAUUCCUCCUUUGAAACCAAAAGGUACUCUUGGACCUUUUUGGAAAUUGAAAUAGCAAAUGAAGCUUCUUUGCUUGUAGCUGCAGAUGUAAUCUACAGUGAUGACUUGACAGAUGCAUUUUUUAGCACUUUAGAGAGACUAAUGUCUAUUGGUUCCGAAAAGGUGUUAUUCUUAGCUUUGGAAAAACGAUACAACUUUAGUCUUCAUGAUCUUGAUGUUGUUACAAAUGGUUAUUUACAUUUCCGAAGUUAUCUGCAGUUGGAAGAAGAUUGUAAAGGCCUGAAAUGUGGUUCAAUGCCUUGCUUUGUGGGAAAGUGCAUAGACAUUACAGAGAUUCCGCAAUAUGUGAAAGGCUAUGUAAGAGGAAGUGCUGUUGAGAUUUGGGAAAUUAAGUAUAGCAAAAUAAAAUCCUAAAAUGUAAUCCCUGUGGAGUGAGCCUGGGUUUGAUGUAAA